AUGGUAGUGACACCGUGCAGCGUCGAUGAUGGACGUUGUGGCAGCGACGAUGAUGAUGAUGAAGAUGGGAAAGGUUGUCAAUUCGAUUGGUAUGCGACUGAGACUGGAGAAAAGAGAUGUAGCGGUGAGGACGAGAAAGAGGGCGGCGCGGAUUGCGAGGUGGACCGUGUGUCGUUCCGGCUCCGUCUCGCUGUCUGUCUUGUCUGCGUCCGGCGUUUGCAGGCUAUCUCGCAGCGGGCGUUCAAUCGGCGUAAUCAAGCUGAGCUUUGGCAUCCAUCCACUCGUCCAUCAAAUCCCAAGCUACACGACGAGCAUCGCGACGCUCACACCCAUCCAAACUCGACUAGACGAAGCAGCACGGCUCACAUCAUAAUGUCGCUCCCACGCCGAUCCUACGAUCCCAGACGCGUCUGUCUCAUUCCCCUGCCUCAACUCCCCGCCUUCAUUCAAACCAGCAAGCGUCAGUUCGGCAUCUACCUCUCCGGCGCGCUCUUCGCCCUUGGAUGGUGGUUCUUCCUCGAUGCCACCAUCAUCUCUUCCAUGCGACGACGCACCCCCACCGACCCCACCAUCCCAUACGAACCACCAGCCACCUACAUCACCUUUGCGGACUGGGUCCCCGGCCUCUGCGGUACACUAGGCAUGAUCGUCGUCAACCUCAUCGACAAGCAGCAUCUCACCGACGUCGGUGCCGCCUUCUCCUUCGGCGGUGGAGGAGGUGGUGGCUUCUCGGGUGACAGCGUCCAGUGGAGGGCGAGGCUGUUCUUGUUCAUCGGGUUUGCAUUGAUGGCGGGAGGUUUGGCGGGAAGCAUCACCGUGUUGACCGUCAAGUAUCUGGUACCGUACUUGCCGGAGGGAUACGAGUAUUAUGGCGUGGCUAAUGUGGUUCAGAAUGCCUGCAUCAUGAGUAGCACGGUGCUGCUCUGGUUGAGUCAGAAUACGGAGAGCGAGUACGAGUACAACUUGACGCUCUGA